CCCGCCAGUAAUAAACUAGCUCGUGGUUAUGACACAUGUCGUUUGAUUUCUAAUCCUCGGAACACACACUACAUACGAAUCUAUCAGUGGCGACGAGGCAAUACCUACCCGCGCGCGAAAUACGUACGUUAAUGGUAAAAUGAGUGCUAUAAUCGGAUCGCUGGGAUUAUUCGACUAUAAAAACCAAGAAUGGUCUGUUUUCUACGGGAGAUUAAAGCUAUUUAUCAAGCUAAAUGACAUCAAGGCCGACAAACAAAGUGCAGUAUUGUUGACGAGUUUUUCUGACGACUCUUACCGAUUAGUCAGUAAUCUACUGCACCCAAAAAGAGUCGACGAGGCGACAUUCGACGAGAUGGUGACAAAACUCAACAGUCAUUUUACACCGAAGAGGUCUACGUUUGCAGAUCGAAGCAGGUUUUACGAGGCGGUAAAAUUUGAUAACGAAAACGCAGAAGAAUGGGCGGCAAGGUUACGUGGUUUGGCGGUGCACUGCGAGUUUGGGACGGAGCUGGAGGUGGUAUUACGCGAUCGGUUCGUUUUGGGUUUCAGAUCAGGGCCUGAACGUGACCGACUUUGUGAACAGGAUAUUUCUUCAUUAACCUUGGCAAAGGCGUUACAAAUAGCUCAGCAGGCAGCCUGUGCGAGGCAAGCACGGGCUAGCGAUUCCGUUCCGGCAGUCAUCGUAAAGGAAGAGCCGUUAUACAAGACGAAUGCCAACCGCGCUGGACGCAGCGGGGGCGGCGGCGGUGCCGAGAGGCGCCGUGGCGAUCAGAAAUGUUGCACGGUAUGCGGUCUUAAAAAUCACGUGGCAGAAAAGUGUCGAUUUAAGAACUAUCGGUGUAACAAGUGCAAUAAUAAAGGCCAUCUUAAAAAAGUGUGCGAAUUAAAGGUGAAUAAUAUUGAAUCACAAUCGGUACGCGACUCGCCUAGCCUGAAUGAACCAGAAGACAAUGAAGAUUGCGAGGAAUGCCAGCUGUUAAGCUCAAGGUUUUGUAACUAAGGAAGGAGGAAUGAUGUGUAUAUCUGCGCGCGCGCCGACCGGCGCCCGCCAGUAAUAAACUAGCUCGUGGUUAUGA